GUACUAAUAUAAUCCAUAUCCGACCGGGCCCCGAACAUGUCUCGCAUUUCCAAGCGCGUCUACGAGGCCAAGACCACUUACCCGGACCGCACCAAGUCCGAGGAGAAAUCCUUCACGGAGGUUAAUGUGCCGAUCAAGAAGUUGGACACGGCCCUCCUUCUGCUGAGCUCCAAGGAGGAGUGCGUCCUGCUGACCGUCUUUAGCCACAUCACGGACUUUGCACGCCGCCAGGAUGUGAAUGUCCUGGAGCUGCGAGCCCACGGCUUGCUGGAGCUGCUGCUGGAGAAGGAACUGUUCAUAGACUCGCAGAACACGCUGAUCCGGCGCUUCGCCUUGUACUUGCUGACUGCCCUGCUGGACAACACGGACAUGGCCACCUACGAGCCGGAGCAGGCGGACCAGAUCCUAGAGCUGGCCUGCCGGUUCUACAUGAAGGAGAGCGACGAUUUCUGCAUCGAGUACCUGACCUAUAUACUCAACGUGUGCCUGCGGGAUCCUCAGAUGGCGCAUGGCAUUGUGGAGGCCACCGAGUUCCUGGAGAAGUUCAAGCUGGUCUUUGUCAACUCCGAAAAUCCCGAUACGGUGUUCAACUCCAUUGAGGCACUGCAUCGGAUGCUGCUGGUCCAGAGUGCCGAGCAGAUGCUGGAGUUCACCACGCAGCCGGACUUUCCGGUGGAUCGGAUUAUCUGCGAGGUGACCAAUGAGUUUCAGGAGAUCCGCAAGGCGGCGCUAAAAACCCUGAAGACCCUGCUGGCGGACACGGGCGAGGACAGUGUGUUUGAGCCACUGCAUCGCUGCUUCUUUGUGCUGGAGCAGCUGGUUAAGGCCUUCUGCGAGAAUCCCCAGGGCCCGGAGGCCGCCGAUAUCGUAGAGGUUCUAGCCACGGCCCUGCGGUCCGAGAAGAUGACCAAGCUGUUCUUCGAGCAGAAUCUCUUCGACCUGGUCGUCGAGCAGGUGCGCAGCCACAUGGACCUGAUGCCGCUGGAGAUGCGCUGCACCAUCAUUGCGAUUUUCGCGGAGACGGCCCAGUACGAGCAGUUCCUGAAGCGGAUGCACAGGGCCGAGAUCACGGACAUGUUUCUCAACUGCCUGAUGCAGAACAAGCCGGCGCCGGCCGCCUUUGUCAUUCAGGGCCUGCACCGCAUGUCCCAGAACCCGGAUGCACUGCGUCGCAUUGUGGCUGCUUACGAGGAGGGUGCGAUCCGAAAGCUGGUGGCCAUCCUUAUGUCGCCCGAGGUGGCCAUCAAGGUUCGAGAGCAGGCGGCGGAGUUGCUGUCCCGCCUGCUGGUGGCCGCCUUCCGAGACACAGCCGCCCAGCUGCAGGAGCAGGACAUAGCGGCCGUUCUCACCGCGGUCAUCACCCAGGGACUGCCAGCCCUGUCCAUUGACCUCAUCCUCUCGCUGCUGACGAUCAUCGAGAGUCUGGCUCAGAACGAGGAGUACCGCACGAUCCUGGGCGAGUAUAGAUCGCUAACCGAGCAGAUAGCCCAGUUGCUAAUGCGUUCCUAUGCCCACUCCAUCCUGGUGAACAACAUCUUCCGCUGCCUGUGCACCCUGAUCGAUGAGGCUCCGGUGCGCGAGACCCUGCUGGCCAACUUUAUAGUGUCCUCCAUCAAGCGGGCCCUCAAGUCGCUGUCCAAUCUGGUCAAGACUUCGGUGACCAACUUCAUUCUGCAGACCACGCGCUUCAAUGAGUUCAUAGACGCCUACAUUGAUCGGGGGAUCCUCGAAGUUUUGCUGGAGUUCCAGAAGCACGCCUUCUGCGUCUCUACCUGGGGACCUGCUAUCGAGAGCAUCUUGUCCAAGUGCCCCACCAUGAAAUUUGCCAUCCGCAACUGCCUGACCUUUACGGACAUCACGGCCGGCAAGGACUUCUAUGUGUCGCGCAGGAAGUUCGAGGACUUCCGCAAAUUCCAGGACAUUCUGGGCACAGAUUGCUCCCCCUUGGACGCCGUCCUGGUCAUGAACUUCGAUCGCCUCAAGCCGGAUGAGAACGAUGUGAUCGACGUGCCCCUAAGAUGUUUAAACACGGUAUCGGACCAACCAGGAGAUCUGAGCUGGGAUUACUGCAAGCGACCGGGAGACUUCUACUUGCCGCAGUACUUGGAGGCCCUUAACCAGACCUUAGCGAUGCAUGGUUUGGUGGAGAAUCCCGAGCGGAUCCGUCGCUCCAUCGACUUUGACAACGUGGCCAAGCGGAGCAAACUGGUCGCCCAGGCAGUGGCCGCAGUGAUGAACGAGAACCUCAAGAUUCUGGACCUCAACUCGACGGAGGAGUGCUGCAAGAACACGGUCCGCUGUCACCUGCAGGACCUGCGCCACGUCCUGCACACGAACUUCAUUCCCCUGGGCAUGGUGCGCAGUGGCUGCCAGUUCGAGAGGGCAGUGCUCUUCAAGGGUCUGGCGGACCAGAUCGGACUUCCGUGCACCCUGCAGCGCAGUGUCGACGGCAGGAUGCUCUACAACGAGGUGCCGCUGCCCCUGGAGCCCGAGAAGGAUGUGCACUGCGACAAGAAGACCCUCAAGUUCAUGCCCUGGCGCAUGCUGCGACCCACCCACGUGGUGGACCUCAUGUACAACGUGGGCGAACUGUAUCCGAUGCAGAGUCGCCAGGCGCUGCAGUACCUGCGACUCUACUAGCUCCCACUUCUGAUUUUGCAAAAUUAUCCCGUCCAGUUGUUUGUCAAGUAAUGUAAGCAAGUAAAUACUUUUUUUCGGUUAUAA